AUGGCGAACCGCAUGCAUGCCACGCCUAUGGACUUCCAGUACGAGAAUGGAACAGGUCCUUUAGAUGAACGAUCACCCUUUGCCCAAGUAGGACGCAACUCGCAGCGCAACAACGUCAACACAAACGACAAGAAACGUAGCUACGCAGUCUUUGGAUCGCCAAACAAGUCAACAUUUCCCAGCCUUCGCGAACCCGCUUCUCAGCCACACUUUUUCUCGUCGCCCAAACCUCUGCCUGCUCUGCCCCCGUCUAUGCGAAACAACCCCUUGUUCUCUACUCCAAGGAAGCUGGAUGUUGAUGACUUUGCAUCUUCUGGCGGCGAGACUCCCAAAUCACCUGAGCGCAACGACGUCGAUAGUGACGCUACUCCCGAUAUGAGCCUGAGAUCAAAGUUCUCCAACCUGGAUACUAUGAGCAAGCCAGUCUUUACUGCUGGAGGAAAGAAAGAGAAGGAAAAGGACUCGAUGUCACGCCGUCAGAGUUGGUGGAAGGGUUUCAAGGAUCUGGCUUCAUCACCACGUUCAAAGGAUGACUAUGCCCAUGGAGCCGAGCGCAAGAUUAUGAAGAGAAGGAGCAAGGAGCAGCAAGCUCUGGUACCUCGAAGAGACAGCAUCUCAGACUCUGAGACAGAAGUAAAGCAGAUCCAAGUCGCCAAGCCACGCAAGGUGAGCAGCAAACAGGAUAAGAGCCUGGACAAGCCCGCACCACCUCAAGAGCAACAGCAACAUCAGCAGCAGCAGCAACAACAAUACCCGCAGACCCCCAACAAGCACUGGACCGUAACUUUGUUCGAGUUCAUCACCGCACAUCCAACAUUACCUCACGUCCUCUCCUUCUACGCACAACUACUUCUCAACAUGUUCCUUAUCGGCAGCAUAAUGUAUAUUCUGUACAGUUUCUGGGCUACCAUCCGUGGCGAUGUCGACAAGAAGACAAGCAUCGCUGUGGCCGAGGUGCUUGCGCAGAUGGCCGCUUGCGCAAGAGAUUACAACCAAAAUCGCUGCGAUCCUGCAACUCGCGCACCAGUUCUGGAGAAUGCUUGUAACAACUGGGAGCAGUGCAUGAAUCAGAAUCCUCAAAAUGUUGGUCGUGCGAGGAUUAGUGCUCAUGCAUUUGCCGAAAUCUUCAACAGCUUCAUCGAGCCCAUCUCGUACAAAGCUAUGGUGUUCACGGUCCUCUUGAUCUUUGUAACCAUUGCUGGUUCCAACUUUGCAUUCAGCGUCUUCCGCGACAAGGCUGCUGAGAAUGCUAGUGCUCAGCAUCAUCACUACUACAAUGGUGCUCCCCCGCCUACUCCUCAACACUCGUACAACCCUGCACUGGAAUGGAACAACAACCCUUAUCAGCAAGGCCAGCAGUUGGGACUCGAACCAGCGGCUAGCCAGUACGCAGCAGACCGAGAGACAUCUCCAGUGAGGAGACUGCAGUUCCGCUGA